CUCCUUCCCUCAUUGUUAUUGCAUUGCAGUGUUUCUCUACAUUAAAUAGAGAAAGUACUGCAUCUUUAAGAAUCACAAAUAUAUACAUAUCCUCUCUUCAUAUUGAAAAAAGAGAAAAAAAAUUUCAAAUACUCCAAAGAAAAUGGCACGUCAGCUCAUUGCUCUAGCACUCGUUGUCCUGGCAGUUGCCGGAUCUGUAUCCGCAGCCUCCUCGCCCUCACCGGCCCCAGCACCUAAGGCUUCAUCCCCCAAGGCUGCGUCCCCAAAGGCCUCCUCCCCCGCCACCUCCCCUAAGUCUUCCAGCGCCCCAACCCCUUCUGCUGCCUCUCCUAAGGCUGCCUCGGCCCCCAAGACCUCUCCCGCCUCAUCCCCCAGCACCUCUCCCGCCUCAUCGCCCACCAUCUCCGAGACCCCCGCAUCAGCCCCCGGCACUGAUAUCUCGUCCCCACCCUCCCCCGGAAGCCUGGCCUCGGAAGGACCUGCUGCUGAUGAUGCCUCAUCCCCGGUCCCCGCUCCCCCAAAGAACGGUGCCUCCAGCAUCAAGUUCUCCACCGCUGCUGGCAUUGCCGCCGUAGCUGGAUCCUUCUUCUUCUUCUAAGGUUCUAGAGAGAAGAACAUUUUGAAGAUCUUUGGAGUUAAUUAAUUAUCUUAUCGAUGAUUUUCUCCAUUAGUUUAUAUGAGGGGAGCCAAAUGAUCAUGCUACCUUGGAACCAAAAUGUACUAUAAUUGCAUAAAAAAUUUACUUUGAUUUUUAUUUUCCCUGGUAUGAUUCUUUGGGUUACAAGGUUUUAUGGAAGCAGAUGUUUGAGUAUUUGCUCUUAUGGCCCCUACAAGACAUUAAUAAAGUUUGCAAUCCACAAUGCCUUGUGCUA